AUGGUAUUUGAUGAGACAAUGGUUUGGUUCAUAUACGCUAGAAGAGAUUACACGCCUUAAGUCAUAAUUUUGGGAAGACGCGUGGCCUAUGAAAUGAUCCACUCAAAUUACGAGUCAAUUGAGAAAAAUUCCACAGCUAGCGUUUACUUACAUUCUACUGACAAGAGAAGAAGCAUCAAGAAAAAUGAACCGUGAGGCGGAUUCCAAUGGGCUAAACAGCACCAGUAAAAAACUACUACAAGAAGCAAAUGAAAGACAAGGAGACGAACAUGUUGCAUUCUUGUUCUCGAAACGAUUCAUGGUCAUAUCACUGAUAUUUUUUGGAAAUGCGAGUAUCGUUCUAUUCAAAGUGAACGUGAAUAUAGCAAUUAUUGAAAUGACUUCUAAUUCCACCGAGCAUAUCGUAAUGGGCAAUCUCACCACUAAAGAACCAGAAUUUGACUGGGAUUCGAAAACCAUCGGAGUCAUUCAAAGUGCUUACGCAUACGGCUACCUAUUUUGCGCAGCAGGCAUACCAAUGGUUAAUAAACUAGGAGGAGCUGUCACUUUUGGGAUAUCGGUGCUAGCGAUGGCCAUAACUAAUUUAGUCACUCCAGCUUGCCUUCAGGCGAAUUUUUUCCUCUUCCUUGGCUCCAGGAUUCUAAUAGGGCUGCUUGACGGAACUGCCUAUAUGGGUACUUUGGAAAUGCUUUGCCGUUGGGCACCAGUUCCAGAAAGGUCAUCCAUGAUGUCUUUGUGCUGUUGUGGAAUGUUCAUAGGGGUGGUUGUAUCUUAUCCUGUGUGCGGAUUUUUGGCCACUCGAUGGGGUUGGCAAUCGAUUUUUUACAUUUCAGGAUUAGAAGGCACAAUUUGGUCCAUUAUUUGGCUGAUUUUUGUAAAGAAUCAACCUUCAAAAGAUAAAUGGAUCUCGAAAAAAGAACUCAUGUACAUUCUGCAACACACAGAAACGACGCCAAGAAAGCAAGUUGUGCACCCAUAUAAAAAGAUUUUCAGUUCGUCUGCUGUAUGGGCCCUGUGUGUAGGAAAAUUUACAUACAGUUGGGGCUUCACACUUCUGGUGGUAUGUUUUCCACUCUAUGUGAAAGAUAUAACUGGACGUAAUACCGACGAAAUAGGACUAAUUUCUUCCAUUCCAAACGUGGUGUGCAUUUUCACCAUUCCAUUAGCUGGCUUCAUCAUGGAUUAUUGGCAGAACAACAGUAAUCUCACAGUUACUCAGAUUCACAAGAUUGUAAUGGUGACAGGAUUCAUUUCAGGAUCCAUCUUCUUUGUGAUUGCUUCUUUCAGCAGUAAUUUUAUUCUCUCUAUGAGUUGUUUCGUACUCACUGAAUUCAUAAUAUCUUUCAACUACCUAAUUUUACAACUGGUCUGUUUGUAUAUGUCACCCACUCAUUCUAGCAUUUUAGCUGGAGCAUAUCGGCGUUUUGGUACACAGUGAGUGUGUUUCUGAUACCAACUAUCGUCGGAUUCAUGGUGCAGAAUCACAGUCUAGAUGAGUGGAGUAAAUGUUUUCUUCUCACUGGAGGAGUUCUGUUUUGCGGAGCUGUUGUAUUUUUACUUUAUGGCUCCAGUGAUCUUCAACCAUGGUCCCAAUCAGCAGACUUGCCUUCCAACGCCAAUGAAAAAUGCAGCAUUAAAAAUGGAAAAGGAUGUAAAGUUUGAUUGAAUCUACCAAAUAAUAUUAUUUUUUGUCAAAAUGGGCCACACACAAGUACAAUUGAUUAUUCGUAAGCCUACCUGUAUCAUCAGAAUAGAAAUGAUUGUACAAGAUGAGCAUAGGAGAAUUUUUUAAAAAUGAA